ACACUUUAUGAAGGGUUUAUUCGACAUUCAAUUAAAGAAAAUUUGUUUUAGUUCCGAGAUGACUACAUGUGUUUUGACGAAUCUUAGGUAUUGCAAUUAUACAUGUUCUCAUUUUAUAAUUUGCACACCAUAACAAAUGCCACCCGGAAUGAUUUAGUGUGACACAGGGGAUUAAUGGCUGCGGUCAGGGUUCGGAUCUGCAGUUAUUGUUUACAUUCGGUCACGGUAUGGAUUCUUUGUUUAUGAGAAUGUCAUUGCUAAAUGAUCAAACCUAACCCCACACUGAUGAGAAGUGUCACCGAAUUAAUGCCACAGAAUCCUCUCUAGAAAAGAAUUUAGCUGACUUGGAGCGAACUAGCCUUGUGUGCUAACUAAGCAGCUAAAGCUUGACAGUACUGUCAAAGAAAUGACAAGUUUAGGUUAGACUGGGUUUUGUUGUUGUUCUUAUCUCAAGGACAGCCGAAUGCUGAGCUUCUAAGCUCGGAAAACAUCUUCAUUUAAGGAAAAUAUAUAUGUAUAGCAGGGUGCACAAUGUUUAGUGUUCCUCAAAGCUCCAAAUCAGAGUUCUUGGAUAAAGCCAGGCAGGCCAGAGAGGAGAGGAAAGGACAAAAGGAGAAGGAGAAAGCUGCCACCCACAUCCAAGCCCUGGUCAAGAGAUUCCUCUGUCGCUGCAGGCUCCACAAACAAAUAAGGAAAGAGGUUGAUGACUAUUUUCAAGCCUCUGAAGCUGGAACUUCAAAAAGAAAUGCACUUUCUAUUUUCAGAAUUGCUCGAAAAUUACUAUUCAUUUAUAACCAAGAGGAUAAGAUGAGGUUUGAGAAGCUUUGUCGUGCUAUUCUUGCCAGCAUGGAUGUAGAAAAUGAGCCAAAAGUUUGGUAUGUGUCUUUGGCUCUUUCCAAAGAUCUCACUAUUCCAUGGCUCAAGCAGAUAAAGGACGUGCUGUGGACUUGCUGUCAGCUAUUGAAAAACCUAAAGCCUGACAUACUUCAGGAUAAUAAAUUGGUUACGCUGUACCUCACCAUGCUGGUGACUUUCACAGACACCUCUACAUGGCGGAUAACUAAAGGAAAGGGAGAAGCUCUCAGACCUGCUUUGACAAGAAUAUGUGAGAAUAUCAUGGGUCAUCUCAAUCAAAGGGGAUUCUAUUCAAUACUGCAGAUCUUGCUAACAAAUGGCUUGGCUCGUUCUAAACCAUCUCUGUCCAAAGGCACUUUAACAGCUGUCUGUAUUUUGUCAUUAAGGCCAGUCAUUGCUGCUCACUUCUCUGAUAAUCUAUUAAGAUCAUUCCUCCUUCACAUCAUGUCUGUUCCAGCAGUCAUAUGCCACAUCAGUGUACUUACCCCAGAGUGUAUGGCAUCCGUCCAGACUCUUGACCUUCUGAGGAAAUUUAUUUUGUUUCUUAGUCAUGAGGAGCAGUGUUUGGACAUCUGUGUGUGUCUCGAAGGCAGCCACACACUUUGCUUACUUGGCAACAUCAUUCACUUGGGCUACCUUAAUGAGAGAGUCCUAGAAGAAGAGCCCAACCACUUUGUGAAGGACCUGACUGAGAUGCUGUCCUACUGCCAGAGAUAUGUGUCUCAAAAGAAAUCCAACCUUACCCACUGGCACCCUGUUCUUGGCUGGUUCUCUCAAACUGUGGACUAUGGGUUAAACGAGUCAAUGCCACUGGUCACAAAACAGCUUCAAUACCUGUGGGGUAUGCCUGUCAUCCGGACACUCUUCAGUGAUGUCCUAUCUAAAAAGUUGGAGAGUCAAGAGCCGACUCCCCCACCCCCCCAACCUAGCACAUCACAAAACAAUCUCCCAGUGAAAAACCUUUUCAAGCGAGCAUUUCAUAAGUCAGCAUCUGUAAGGAACAUCCUAAAGCCAGUCGGAGGCAAGCGAGUUGACUCAGCUGAAGUUCAGAAGGUGUGCAGUAUCUGUGUGCUCUACCAGACUGCUCUAUCUACCCUCACCCAGAUACGACUUCAGAUACUGACAGGUCUAACACAUCUUGAUGACCUACUGCCAAAGCUCUGGGCAUUUAUCUGUGAGCUUGGUCCUCAGGGAGGCCUCAAACUCUUCAUGGAAUGUCUGAACAAUGACACUGAGGAGUCCAAGCAGCUCCUGGCUAUGCUCAUGCUCUUCUGUGACUGCUCACGGCACCUUAUCACAAUUCUGGAUGACAUUGAAGUCUAUGAAGAACAAACAUCUUUCAAGAUUGAGGAACUCAUCACUAUCUCCUCAUUUCUGAACACUUUUGUAUACAAGAUGAUAUGGGAUGGCAUCUUGGAAAAUGCGAAGGGGGAGAAGCUGGAGCUAUUUCACAGCGUUCACGGCUGGCUGAUGGUGCUUUACGAACGCGAUUGCAGACGAAGAUUCUCCCCUGAUGACCACUGGCUGCGCAAGGACCUGAAGCCCAGCCUUUUGUUCCAAGAGCUGGAGAAAGGCAAGAAACGAGCACAGCUAUUGUUGCAGUACAUUCCGCACGUCAUUCCGCAUAAAAAUAGAGUGCUGUUGUUCAGGAACAUUGUUACAAAGGAAAAGGAAAUUUUAGGCCUGGUAGAAACGAGCUCUGCUUCACCGCACGUCACCCAUAUUACCAUCCGUCGCUCACGCAUGUUAGAGGAUGGAUAUGACCAGCUGCGUCGGUUACCAGUGAAUUCUAUUAAAGGUGUCAUCCGUGUGAAGUUUGUUAAUGAUCUCGGAGUGGAUGAGGCUGGUAUUGAUCAGGACGGGGUCUUCAAAGAGUUUCUAGAAGAGAUCAUAAAGAAAGUUUUCAAUCCUGCCCUCAACCUGUUCAAGACUACAAGUGGAAAUGAAAGGCUAUAUCCUUCACCAACAUCUUAUAUUCACGAGAACCAUUUGCAGCUUUUUGAGUUUGUGGGGAAGAUGCUUGGGAAAGCUGUAUAUGAGGGCAUUGUUGUGGACGUCCCUUUUGCUUCCUUCUUUCUUAGUCAAGUGUUGGGUCACCACCACAGCACCUUCUACAGCUCCAUUGAUGAGCUGCCCUCACUGGACUCUGAGUUUUACAAGAACCUCACUUCCAUCAAGCGCUAUGACGGGGAUGUUGGAGAUCUUGGCCUGACAUUAUCAUAUGAUGAGGAUGUUAUGGGGCAGUUAGUCUGUCACGAGUUGAUACCUGGAGGGAAGACGAUGCCCGUCACCAAUGAAAACAAGAUCAGCUACAUCCACCUCAUGGCUCACUUCCGGAUGCACACACAGAUUAAGGAGCAAACCACAGCUUUUAUCCGUGGCUUCCGUAGCAUCAUUGACCCCGAAUGGUUGCACAUGUUUUCCACACCUGAGGUUCAGCGCCUCGUCUCCGGGGACAAUGCAGAGAUUGAUCUUGAUGACCUCAAGAAACACACAGUGUACUACGGAGGUUUUCACAGCAGCCACCGUGUCAUCAUCUGGCUGUGGGACAUCCUUUCCAGUGACUUCACUGCUGAUGAGAGGGCUAUGUUCCUUAAAUUUGUAACUAGCUGCUCGAGGCCCCCUCUUCUUGGAUUUGCCUACCUCAAACCACCUUUCUCCAUCCGCUGUGUAGAAGUCUCAGAUGAUCAAGACACUGGAGAUACCCUUGGCAGUGUUCUUAGGGGCUUUUUUACAAUCCGCAAAAAGGAGCCUGGUGGGCGACUUCCCACUUCGUCCACCUGCUUCAACCUGCUCAAGCUGCCCAACUACAGCAAGAAGAGCAUUUUACGUGACAAGCUGCGCUAUGCCAUUAGUAUGAAUACAGGCUUUGAGCUUUCGUAACACCAGGACAAAGCACACCAGGUGGUGUCAAGCAGCCCAAACCCAGUGAGAGGCUUUUCUUACCUGGACUCCAGCCUGUCUGAGGGUCUGCACUGAGAUAAAGGGCGAAUGACGAAGGAUCCACAUUUUGUCUCCUUUUGUCUCUAUUUAUAAAAACUGGAUGAGUUCUGCUCUACGUUGGGCCGGCCUCUCACAAAGAAGGGGGAUUCUGUUUCUGCAGCACUGUUCAAUUUUUAAGCAUCUCCUUUUGGCAUUCCCAGAAAUUAGUAUUACGCGUAAUUCAAUGAAAUACUGAAGUACAGUGGCUAGAUCUAUUUCUCAGGCUUAUCAGAAUCACUUUUGGAUCUAACACUCCCAUUUGAAGCAAACUAGAAAGCAAUACAGAUGCAAUGUAAGCCAUUAGACACAAGGUUGACUCAGCUGAGUAAAACCAAGGGAUGCGUUGUUUAUAUACUUACAAGUUUGAAUUGCAUUACUCAAGCAGCUUUAAGCUGAUACAGGAUGGGUGUUAAAAUCUUUUGCUCAAUGUAAUGCAUCUUUUAUAAAAGGCAGACAAAUUAAUGUCUUGUGGUUCACAAAAGUGAACAUGUGUUUAUUACAUUAAUUCCCAUUUUGAGGAACAUCCUGUUGACCUCAUUCUGUUUCUCCUUAAAGACUCUUACGCUGACUUUGGCCCUCUGUUCAUUCUGUUCAUGUUAUUUCCCCAUUUUUAACUGUUGUUUGAGUUAGAAUCAAUGUCCUUAUUGUAGAAAAUGUUGCUUUUUUCGGGGGGAGGGAGGUACUGGAACUGUGUUCCAUGUUGCGUGUCUGGACCUACACUCAAAAGAAAUGAACAUUGUCAAUUUGUGAUUUUAGUACUCGAUAACACUAGUAAAUGUUAAGAUCUCUCCUGACACCUUUGAAUAACUGAGUGCCUCAUGCAUUGCAUCCCCCUUUGCUGUCACAUUUCACUGUAUCUCAGCUGUAACCAAUAACCAUGCUUAUUGGAAACAAGCCAUAGAACCGGAGUGAAGACUCUCAGACUGUGCCCUACUCCUACUAAGACAAAAGUGUAGAAAGUUGACUGCUGCACAACCACUACAGCAACUGAGGAGGAUUUUCAAAAGACACCCACUGACCUUUGUUUUUAAGCCAUGUGGAAAAGAACUUGAGGCUUAAACCUCUCAACAUGAUGUCAUAGACUGGUUCAUCAGCCAAAUGUGACUGAUUUGAUGUUCCCUUUGGUGAAAGUGUUGCAUGUUUUUGCUGUAUGCGGCUCUGGAAGGGACAUGGGGGAAUUAUCUAGUAAGCCUAAGUAAUGUUGCAUUACACAGGGCUAACUACUUUGUGCAGUUCAAGAAGAAAAUUUUUAGUCAUUUCCCAGAAAGGAGAUUGCGACUUCAUUAGUAGUAAGAAGGACUCAAAGAAAAUAUCAAAUCAUUACAAAGUUCUUUAUUAUGCAAAAAAUGUUUUCUGUCAUGAAUGGCUAUGAAUAAUUUUGCUAAUAAGUAACCUGGGCUCAAUAUAUUCGUUAGUAUUCUCAUGGUCGCUAAUGUUUGUGACAAAUAUUUUAAUUAAAAUGCAGCCAUUAUAUACAUGUAUGUCACUGGUUGUGGUCAGUUUUAACUGCUGUUUGCUACUUAGACCAACAAACACUAAACAAAACUGUUGGGUCUUGUUCUCUUCCUUUCAGUCACUUUUUCCAAAUACUGCACAUUACCCUAGUGUAAUGCGCCUGAGGGGGUAAGAUACCUCUCGAUGUUGACUGAUUGUUUUAAAUGAUGUCAGGAACAGGCUAGACAUAAAUAAAUUGCAAUGGACUGCUCAUACUGUCUGUAAAUAGCAAUUGUUUGAUUAAAUAAAUCAUCCUUAAAGUAC